AUGGAGCGCCCAGAGAUGACGGGACAGGUUUCAAGGGAACAGGAUGGGACUACAGUUGCUGAAGAGUGGAGGAAGAAGGGGGACGCUUUCGCCGCUGCAGGCCAAUUUAAUGAAGCAGAUUGCUCAUACGGCCUGAGUCUGUCAAGCGCAAGGCUGGGCCGCUAUGAGGACGCCGAGGCGGACGCUCGCGAGGCCAUCGACCUGGAUGGAGCGUGCGUGGAGGCGUUUCACACCCGUGCACUAGCACGGAAGGCCCUGGGCAAAAGGCUCGAGGCGUUGGCGGACUUCCAGCUCGCCUUUCUCUACGACCUGUUGUUUGUCUUGAGCUAUUGGCUGUCAGACCUUGAGGUGCGCAAGGACGUCAGCGCAUUGCAGGCGCGGCUGCUUUCGGCAGCAGGCGUGGAUGCCGUGCUGGAGAGGUGA